AUGUCUGACGACGACGGGCAGAUCUCGGUCUACGACGAGGUCGAGAUCGAGGACAUGACGUUUGACGAGGACAUGCAGAUCUACCACUACCCGUGCCCCUGCGGCGACCGGUUCCAGAUCGCGCUGGCGGACCUGCAGGACCGGGAGACGGACAUCGCCGUGUGCCCGAGCUGCAGCCUCAUGAUCCGCGUCAUCUACGAGGUCGAGGACCUCUGGAGGGAGAAGGAGGAGGAGCCCGAGCCCGAGCCCGAGAAGGCCCAGGCCGAACAGGCGGCGGCGGCGCAGGUCCCCGUCGCUGCGUGA